AUGGCGCUCGCGCGAGAGCGCGCGAUGCGUAAGGCGGCGGGAGGGGACGCGCGAAUGUUGGAUUUGUUGAAAAAGCGUGAACGACUGGAACGCGCGAGCGCUACGAUGGCGGUGGCGGACGAGGAGAGCGACGCGCGAAGGGCGUUUCCGAUGGAGUUUGGCAAGGGCGGUGGGGUGAGCGCGUGGACGACGAGCGAGGGUGGUGAAGAAUGGGAACGCGAGGCGGCGGCGCGAGGCGACCGCGCGACGCCGACGACGACCGCGCGGGAGAGCGAAAAGGCGGCUUCGAGCGAGGAAGAAGAGAGCGAGGAUGAGUACGAUGAAGAAGACGCGAUCCCGGAUACGAGUGAGGCGGUGAUGGGUGGGUAUAACAAACCGGCGACGUGCGUAGGGAUCGACCGCUCGGGAACGCGAAUGGCGUGCGGUUCUUCGGACGGUGUCGUGCGCCUGUACGACUUCGCGGGGAUGAAGAAUGAUUUUCAACCGUUUAGAACGAUCACUGUGCGUGAGGGGUACCCGAUGCACGCCAUCGAUUGGUCACCAACGGGAGACAUGUUCGUCGCGGCGAGCGGGAACUGGCAACCGACGGUGCACAGCCACGACGGUACCGAGCUCGGCGAGUUCGACAAGGGCGACAUGUACAUCAGAGAUUUGCGCAACACCAAGGGACACUGCGCGGCGGCGACGGACGCGAAGUGGAAUCCGAUCGAUAAAUCUACCGUGUGCACCGCCGGCGAGGAUGGGAGCAUGCGACUGUGGGACAUCAACUAUCUCGGCGAUCCCAGGGGCUCACAAAAAGCGGUGCUCAAACCACAGCAGAUCAAGCCCGGUCGCGUGCAUGUGACGUCUUGCGCGUACUCUCACGACGGUGACCUUAUCGCGGGUGGGAUCAACGACGGGAGCAUUCAAAUUUUCUCGUCAAAGGGAACUCAAUACAAGUCCGCCUCGAUUGGUUUGGUUCUACCACCGUCGCAGCAGUGUAAGCUGGACAACCACUGGUCGUUCAACGCGCGACCGAGUCAUCUGUUCAGGAAAGCGCACCCGGUAGAUGAGGAGGUGACGUCGAUGUCGUUUUCCCGAGAUGGGCGAACGCUCGUGUCCAGGUGCGGUGACGGGACGCUUAACGUGUGGGACAUGCGCAACCUGAACCAGCCGCUGAAGCGCUUCGGAAACUUGCCCACAAAUCACAGCGAGACGAACGUCGCUUGGUCGCCGAACGACGUGUACUUUUUCACCGGCGUGGAUGCGGAGCGAGAUGGUGAGUCCGCCGGCCUGUGCUUCUUCUCGCGAGAGAAGUUGGAAAUGGUUCGACGCGUGUCGACGCCAAGAAACUGCAUCGCCGCGACGUGGCAUCCCAGACUCAAUCAAGUGUUCAUCGGAUGCGGUGACGCCAAGGGUGGAGAAGUGCGCGUGCUAUACGAUGCGAAGAAGUCCAUGGAGGGCGUCGUCAAAGCGGUCGGUAAGGUAGCUAAAAAGAAGGUUUCUGACUUCGCGCGCAUCGAUGUGCAAGAGAUCUCGUACACUCCCAACGCGCUUCCGGCGUUUCAAGAACCGAUGCCCGGAAAGCGCAAGCUCGACGCCACGGACAUCGCUCGCAAGGCUCUUCGUAAGAAUCCUGGUAAGGCUGCGGUGAGUAUGGAUAAGAGCGGCAUCCUCAGCGGUGGCACUGGGAGCUCGCUUCUCACGCAGCAUCUGAUGAAGAACAACGAGGAGUUGGGCGAGAAGAACUGGAUGACGAUGGACGCGCGCGAAGCCAUCCUUCGCCACGCCGAAGAGGCGGCGAAGAACCCUAAGUAUACGAAGCAAGCGUACGAGAAGACGCAGCCGAAGCCGAUGUUCCGAGAGGAGGAGGACGAGAAGCGCGAUUCAGACUAG